ACUGCCCUCUCUGUCUCCUAGGGCAUCCCUCUUCUCCUGGAUGGAAGGCCAGGUCUUGGAGUUCUUCCUCUGACAGCGGGAGGCCAACAUCCCCCAGCAGGAAGAAGCACACUGCCAAGUUGACUCUGCCGUGCAGCGUGACUGUUAUAUGAAGACAGCAGCUGCUGUCCCUGCUGGCACUGGGGGAGAAGACAUGAGACCAUAACGCCUCCUUCACCCAAGAGUUUCAACAUGGCAGCCCAGCGCAUCCGGGCGGCCAACUCCAGUGGCCUCCCUCGGUGCAAGUCAGAGGGGACUCUGAUUGACCUGAGCGAGGGCUUCUCAGAGACAAGCUUUAAUGAUGUCAAAGUGCCUUCUCCCAGUGCCUUGCUAGCAGACAACCCCACGCCUUUUGGAAACGCAAAAGAAGUGAUUGCAAUCAAAGACUAUUGCCCAAACAACUUCACCACCCUCAAGUUCUCCAAAGGCGACCACCUCUACGUCUUGGACACGUCUGGUGGGGAGUGGUGGUAUGCCCACAACACCACCGAGAUGGGCUACAUCCCUUCCUCCUAUGUGCAGCCACUGAACUACCGGAACUCCACCCUGAGUGACAGUGGCAUGAUUGACAAUCUCCCAGAUAGCCCCGAUGAAGUCGCCAAGGAGCUAGAUCUGCUAGGGGGCUGGACAGAUGACCAGAAAGAAUCUGGCAGACCCUAUAGUAACAACCCUUUCUGGAACGGAGUCCGAACGAACCCUUUUCUAAAUGGGAAUGCCCAGCCCAGUGUGGAUGAGCUAAACCCCAAGAGUACUGUGGAUUUGCUCCUCUUUGAUACGGGCACAUCUUCCUUCACUGAAUCCAGCUCAGCAACCACCAACAGCACCGGCAACAUCUUUGAUGAACUCCCAGCCACCAAUGGACUCCACGUGGAGCAGCCGGUCAGGCGGGACAAUCCCUUCUUCAGAAGUAAGCGUUCCUACAGCCUCUCGGAACUCUCCGUCCUACAAGCCAAAUCGGAUGCUCCUGAGACAUCCAGUUUCUUCACAGGCUUGAAGUCACCUGCCCCAGAACAGUUUCAAAGCCGAGAAGAUUUCCGAACCGCCUGGCUGAAUCACCGGAAGCUGGCCCGAUCCUGCCAUGACUUGGACCUGCUCGGUCAAAGCCCAGGUUGGGGACAGACCCAAGCAGUGGAAACAAAUAUCGUGUGCAAGCUGGAUAGUUCUGGGGGCUCCGUGCAGCUUCCUGACACCAACAUCAGCAUCCAUGUGCCCGAGGGCCAUGUAGCCCCUGGGGAGACCCAGCAGAUCUCCAUGAAAGCCCUGCUGGACCCUCCGUUGGAGCUCAACAGCGACAGAUCCAGCAGCGUCAGCCCCGUGGUGGAGGUGAAGCUGAGUAACCUGGAGGUGAGCACUUUGAUCAUCUUAGAGAUGAAAGUCUCCGCAGAGGUGAAGGGCGACAUCUUCAGCAAAAGUUCAGUGGUCCUACAGUGCCUGAGAAGUGACUCCAAGGAGGGGCCCUAUGUGCCCAUCCCCCUCACCUACAGCUAUGGGGACACGGUACAGGUACAACUGGACAACCUGGAGCCUUGCAUGUACCUCGCUAUUGUCGCCCAGGGCGCCAACAUCCUCUACCCCUCCACCGUAUGGGAUUUCAUCAAUAAGAGAGUCACUGUGGGUCUUUAUGGUCCCAAACACAUCCAUCCGUCCUUCAAGACCGUGGUGACCAUUUUUGGACAUGAUUGUGCCCCCAAGACCCUCCUGGUCACUGAGGUUACUCGGCAGGCUCCUGGUCCUGCCCCGGUAGCCCUACAGCUGUGGGGCAAGCACCAGUUCAUCUUGUCCAGACCCCAGGAUCUCAAAGUGUGUAUGUUCUCCAAUAUGACCAACUAUGAGGUCAAGGCCAUCGAGCAAGCCAAAGUGGUGAGAGGGUUCCAGAUGAAACUGGGUAAGGUUAGCCGUCUGAUCUACUCCAUCAUCUCCCAGAACCCCAACGAGCUGUCUGACUUCACCCUGAGGGUGCAGGUCAGGGACGAUCAGGACACCAUCCUCACCCAGUUUUGUGUCCAGACUCCGCAGCCACCCCCCAAAAGUGCCAUUAAACCAUCCGGGCAGAGGAGGUUCCUGAAGAAGAACGAGGUUGGGAAGGUCAUCUUGUCCCCGUUCGUUGUCACCACCAAGUACCCAACGUUUCAGGACCGCCCCGUGUCUAGCCUCAAGUUCGGCAAGCUACUAAAGACGGUGGUGAGGCAGAACAAGAGCCACUACCUGCUAGAGUACAAGAAGGGUGACGCAGUGGCCCUGCUCAGCGAGGAACGCAUCCGCCUCAAGGGACAACUGUGGACCAAGGAGUGGUACAUCGGCUACUAUCAGGGCAAGGUGGGCCUGGUGCACACCAAGAACGUGUUGGUAGUGGGCAAAGCCCGGCCCAGCCUGUUCUCGGGGCCUGAGCUGAGCACCUCCGUGCUGCUGGAGCAGAUCCUCCGGCCCUGCAAGUUCCUCACUUACAUCUAUGCGUCCGUGCGGACCUUGCUCAUGGAGAACAUCAGCAGCUGGCGAGCCUUCGCGGACGCCCUGGGUUACGGGAACCUGCCUCUCACCUUCUUCUGCCGGGCGGAGCUGGACAGCGAGGCGGAGCGGGUGGCGUCUGUUCUGGAAAAGCUGAAGGAAGACUGUAACAACCCUGACAACAAGGACCGGAAGUCCUUCCAGAAGGAGCUGGUGAUGGCUUUGCUGAAAAUGGACUGUCAGGGCCUGGUGGUCAGACUCAUCCAGGACUUUGUGCUCCUGACCACAGCCGUUGAGGUGGCACCGCGCUGGAGGGAACUGGCCGAGAAGCUGGCUAAGGUCUCCAGGCAACAGAUGGAUGCCUAUGAGUCUCCCCACCGGGACAGGAACGGGGUGGUGGACAGUGAGGCCAUGUGGAAACCUGCCUAUGACUUCUUACUCACCUGGAGCCACCAGAUUGGGGACAGCUACCGAGAUGUCAUCCAGGAGCUGCACAUAGGCCUGGACAAGAUGAAGAACCCCAUCACCAGGCGCUGGAAGCACCUCACGGGGACUCUGAUCCUGGUGAAUUCGCUGGACAUCUUGAGGGCAGCAGCCUUCAGCCCCGCAGAUCAUGAUGACUUUGUGAUCUGAGUGGGGGCCCUGCCCUGCUGCUCACUAGAGCUGGAACCCUCUGACCAUCAUCUGUCCACAAUGGGGGCCUUGCCAGCCACACCCAGGAGGGACUGAGGACCUUUGACUCUCUGCCCCUCCCCUCUGUCCAGGGGCAGGUCCCAGGGGCUUUCUACUUCCCAUUGUUGCCAAUCGUGUUGCUUUCUAUUUGUUGAAAUGUAUGUUUAAAUUUAAAAAUCCCUUUUUUAACAAAAGACUAGAGAGGACAUAAGAAAGGUGGUAUCUAAUUUUUUAAUGGACUGUAAAAGUUAUUUAAAAAAAAAUCACCUUAGUAAAGGCGAUCGCUGUUGAGGUUUUUAUGUUCUUCAAAGGCCUUUGUAAAUUAUGUUCCAGGUGUAUAUAGAUAUUUAAAGGCCAUGGGUGUUUCUGAGUCCCAGGCGUACUUUGAAUUUCAACACUCAGAGUGGAAAGGAGUUUGCUCCAUGCAGACAUUUUCCACUCAUCACCUGUGAGAAGGUGAGUCCAUGGGCCUGGUGGCUUUCAGUAGAUGGGCCCUGAGGAUGCUCACAGCCCUACCCUUCCUUUCUUCUCCAACCCUGCUGUCCUCGGUGGCCAUCCACAGGACAUGCUGGUCUGUGUGCUUUGGUGAACAGCAAAGCCCCCAUGUGGCAGUUCAGUGCCAUUGAGAUUCUGCUAACAAAUAAGAAAUCAGCUGGAAUUGGGGUCCCUGUCGGCCCUGUGUAUAUGCAGUUUUCCUUCAGAGGAACAAUGCCCCCUUGAGAACAAGGUGGUCCCUGCCACUGGGCAUUGAAUGCUGUCUCCCUCAUGGUGGCUCUGCCUCUGUUCUAGGUGGGAGGAAAGUCCCAGCACCCAGCCAGAGUCUGGUGGCCCAUCACGGUCACCUUUCAGGCGAUGUCACAUGCUGGCGUGCAGAGGUGCCAUCUGCCAUUGCCAAACUCCACACUUCGUCUCCCACACUUAAUCUCUCCUUCCUGGUGCAAUCGUAUCUCCUUAGGAAUAAUACAUGCAAGUUAGCACAGGGGACGUUUUCCCUAAGCGAUGUUCUGUGGCAAGUUGGAGGCAUGCAGAGGAUUAUAGUCAACUUCAGAGUGACGGGUCACACAGUAGCUGUGGCAUUUGGGGAGGAAACAGGAAACAUACCAGAAAGCUCAGCAUUAAGUGACCUGGCAAUGGACAGGACUCCGGCUGUCUGUCUCCAGGGACAGGUCCAGACCCUGGGGACUGCCCUCCAACUGCUCUCCGGGCACAGUUAAUGACUUCAUUUGACCAGUGUGCAACCCCAAGUUGAGUUGAAAUGUUCUGUAGCUUCUGAUUCAGACACUUCAUACCAACAGGCUUAAAAGUAAACAGUAGGUAUUAAUGCUGCAAGAACCAAACCACAAGAAUCCCCCAUUGCCACAGACAUGUGCGCCAUUCUGCAGCUUUGUUUACCCAGAGAACAUCUCUUUACCUUUUUCCCCAAAGAAGAAAGAAAACCAGUUGCACCUUAAACCACCGAUACUUUUCCUCAGGGGCUUUGAAUAGUUUCCUAUGCAAUUUAAUUUGUAGCACACAAAUUAAAUUCUACAAAAGUUGCAGUAAAUUUAUUUGGAUAUUUUAA